AUGUUCUUCGUGACUUAUAACGGGGAUAGUCUGGUGCGGAGCGUGCACACGGGAUGGACUCCAGACAUGCAGAUGCGGGUGCUGUCUUAUAACUAUGGAGCGCCUAUUAACGUCGGUAUUCCGGACAUCGCCUGCUAUUCGCCGGGGCGGGAUGUGGUGGUGCCGCCCCUGCUGACUCAGACACACGUCAUCCCCCCCUUGCUUGCACACACUGCUGCUGCUGGUGCUGCUAGUGCCGCCGCUGUAACUGCAGACGACGAGUCAGGUGGUGUUUCAGGUGCUUCUGCUGCUGCUGCCGCCCCACCUGCGUAUGGAGGUCGCACUAUCCGUGUGCUGAUGGUGACGUCAGCGGCCAACUUGGCUGACAUCAACAACUUCAGGAUCAAGGAAGGAUUGCACCACAACUAUCCAGUGGAGAAGUGGUUGAUAGAGAUCUAUGCGACCAACGCAGCAGCCAUCGAGGGGUGGACGGUGGUAUUCCGAAACGACAAUGAGGAGGCUUUAGGGGUUCGGGGGGAUGCCCCUGAAAUCACUCGCGCUGCUGCUGCUGCUGCUGCUGCUGCUGCUGCUGCUGCUGAUGGUGGUGGUGGUGGUGAUGGUGGUAGUGGUGGCGGUGGUGAUGGUGGUGAUGAUGCUGGUGCUGCUGAUGGUGCUGCUGAUGGUGCUGAUGGUGGUAGUGACAACAGCGAGUGGGGCAGCAGUGUCUUCUGUCUCAUACUGCCUGGUCGCGCCCAGUGGACCUUCCAGCUCGCCAAGGCGAUCCUCUCAGGCUGCAUCCCAGUCACGUUCCUCCGUGCCAACGACAACCCCUGGGCCGCCUCAAAGUACCACCACGCAGCAGCAGCAUCCCCCUCUUCCAGCUCCUCUCCCCCCUCGGCCCUCAACUAUCCGCUCUUCUCUCUCAACAUCGACCCAGCAGCGGUGGACUCGCUCCCCCGCAGGCUGCAGGACGCCUUUGAGCAGCCGGGGCUCGUCGCCAGGCUGCAGCACAACCUGGGACUCGUGCAGGAGGCCUUUGACCCGCCGGGGCUCGUGGAGCGGCUGCAGCACAACCUGGGGCUCGUGCAGGACAUGUUCAAGUGGCAUGACUCCCUGGAUCAGGGGGCAGGGGCAUUUCUGAUUAGCAUGCUGAGGAAGAUUGGAGCAGCAGCAGCGCAACCACAGCUCACCACUUCCCACCCCCCGUUCCCCACUCCCCACUCCCCCACCUUCAUGCUCACGCCACAGGACAUGUUCAAGUGGCAUGACUCCCUGGACCAGGGGGCAGGGGCGGUUCUGAUGAGCAGGCUGAGGAAGAUUGGAGCAGCAGCAGCGGCGGCGCAAUCAGAGCAGCUGGAAGAGCAGAUCGUGCUGCCUCUGGCGACUAAUAGAACAGGAUCCAAGGGGUCAAAGGAGCGUAGGUGA